AUGGCAGAGUACUACGCCUUCCCACGCCCUAUCCGCACCGUCGCAGUCAUCGGCUCCGGCCCAUCUGGCACCCCUGCCGCACGCCAGCUACAGGAAGCAGGCUUGCAAGUUCGAGUCUUUGAGAGACAAGACAAGCCGGGGGGGAUAUGGAACUGGAAGACGGAUAGUGUCUUGCCGCUUUCUGUGCCCACGCCGCCGCCUUCCAGGGGCGCUUUCACCCCCGUCAUAAGAGAAGGAGGCGUUUACGACGAUCCAGGCAAGAAGGAGAGGACCUUGUUCAGCCCACCGAACCCUUGCUACUGGAACUUGUCAAACAAUGUGCCCACUACCACCAUGGCUUUCAAAGACUUUCCCUACCCUCCCGGUACAGAGCCCAACGUCUCACACACCCGUAUCUCGACAUACGUCCACGACUAUACCCUCCACUUUGGCCUGGACAAGCUCACCUCCUACAAUACCCGUGUCGAGCUCGCUGAGAAAGUCGGGGAUAUCUGGCGUUUGACGCUUCGACGUGUCGUCGAUGAAGGUGACGACAAGGCGAGGGAAGAGUACUGGACCGAGGAAUUCGAUGGACUUGUGGUAGCCACAGGGCACUACAACGCGCCCUACAUCCCCGCCAUACCCGGUGUCGACGAAUGGUCCGCCACCUGGCCUGACAAGAUUAUCCAUUCCCAAGGCUACCGCACCCCUGCCCCUUACGAAGACAAGACGGUUCUAAUCGUGGGCAUCGGAACAUCCGGCAACGACAUCUCCAGAGACCUCUCCCCCCACACCUCCAAACUCUACCUCGUCGGGCGCAACGUCCUUCGAGGCCCGAAAGCGUAUAGGGAGCAGCGCAAGAUGCAGAGACAGUUUGUCUUGCCUAAUGCGGAGCAGGUGCCCGAGAUCAAAAGGUUUCUGCCCCCGCCGGCUGGGAAGGGGAUUGAAGAGGCGGAGAUAGAAUUGACUGAUGGGAGGAUUAUUACGGGUGUUGAUGGAAUUAUCUUUACCACCGGAUUCCAAUACUCUUUCCCCUUCCUCCCCUCAUACCACCACGACCACACCCUCACCUCUCCUUCCCCUUCCGCCUCCCAGUCCCAAGUGACACCAAUCAUAACCGACGGAGACGGCGUGCUCAACCUCUACCGCGACGUCUUCUACAUUCCCGACCCUUCUCUCACUUUCCUCGGGCUGUCUAUCAAUACGUCGGCAUUUUCGUUUUUCGAGUAUCAGUCCAUCUCAAUCGCUCGGGUUUUUGCUGGGACUGCACGACUGCCCUCAGAGUCCGCUAGGUGGCAAGCUUAUAAAGAAGUGCUGAAGACUAAAGGCUCGGGCCGGUACUCGCAUCUCAUGAACAAAGACGGUGAACGCGCCUACGUCCAAUCAACAGUCGAAUGGCUCAACGCCGAAGCACCUCUCUUCCACGCCCCUCCCAUCUCCGGCCAUUCCCCCGAAUGGAUCGCCGAGUCCGACAAGAUCCCGGAACUCAUCGCCAAAAAAUACGGUAUGACGCUCGAAGAGCUUGCGGCGCUGAAAGCUCAGCCGGGGGUGGUGCCUGAGGAGGAGUAUGUGCCGCCUGCGUUGUUGGAGGAGAAGGCUCUUCUAGCCGCGGGAGGGGCGGGGGCGGGAGGGAAGGAAGGGAGAGAGUACAAGACGGCAAAGGAGGAAACGAAUGCGCGGGCUAGUGAGGGGAUUGCUAGGCGAUCUGCUGCUGCUGGGGUUGUCGCUUCGGCUUAA